AAAUGUACCGAAUGAAUACUGUAUUAAAAGAAAGUAAUAAACGGCGCUGGAUUCAUCAGGAGUACGACUUUUGUACCUUUAAUGUGUCUUUUACCUGGAAAUGUGGACCCUUUAAAAACGAUUUAAGAUUCAUAAUUGGGUUUUAAUAACCAUUGAUAUAUCUUUAUAAAUACUUUACACACACCUUCCCAGGUACAACACACAUACUACAGGAACACAAGCUGGACCCUUGGUGGUACCGACCCGGUGACAAGGACCCGUAGGGUUUGGUAUGUAUAUUUCUGAGAGUGUAGGUCAUAUCUCAUGUUGUUGGAAUGUGUUAUUGGUAGGAUGGCAGCGAGUGUAAUCAGAACCCUGAGUGGUUUCGGAGCGAGCCGUCCAGCUCAGACCUGCUUCAUUCCUGCUGAUGAAGAUGAGCUUGAAGACGAAUAUGAAGAGGAGCUGAGGGACGAGGUGGAGGACAGCUUUGAGGAGGAGGAGGAGGAGUUUUCCACAGGUGUCGAGUCUCAGGUCACAGAUGCGUUAGCUUCUGAUCUGUACACUGAGAUGACGGAUCGCUUGCUACGAUUCGCCGAGCUCAUCAGCAGCGACGUGCAGCGUUAUUUCGGACGGAACCAAGACUCGGACACGUGCGACGUCUACGCAGGAAGGUCGCGUCCUGAGGUCACCGGCCGGCAGCGGUACUAUUCCGACUUCAUUCGAGCGGCAUCAUCGGAUCGGGGAGACGAGCCGGAAAACCUCGGGCCGCUCGCAGAGCUCUUCCAGAACACCCAGGUGAAGAAGCAGGGAUUACCCAUGAUUCAGCGGCGUCUCCCCAGCAGCUUCUGGACUGAGCCUCAUCCUGAACACCUCUGUGUCGGUGCUGAUAUCCAGGAUGUGGGGAUUUGCUCCACAGAAACCAUGAGCAGUAACACCAACAUUCCGGUUAUCAGCCUGAGCAGCUCCAGUACUCCGGACUUCAGCGACUUACUCGCGCACUGGGCUUCAGAGAGAGACAACGCCGGCGAGUUCAGCUGUGAAUACCAGCUUCCUUAG